AUUUGGAGGAGGCCCGAGACACUUUUGCGCUCUGCAAUCAGUUAUUCGGCUUCGGGUGAAGCUCGAUACAGUCGAAUGCAGCACAACUCAGGUGAAACACUCACGGCAUCAAAAUGAUUUUCACGCCAAAGACGAUUCGAAUAUGGCAGACCGUAAACCUAACGAUGUCGGUUUUCGCAGUAGGGCUCUGCAUUGGACUGUACGGAACAAGCUUACUUGAUCUAGCUGAAAUGUAUGACACGCGUGUGGACAUCAUCGUUUAUAUUCUUUCGUCUCGCUCGGCUGGAUCUAUUGUAUCCUGCUUCAUCGCUGGCACCGUAUUCCGGUACUAUAAUAUUCAACUCGUGGUGAUGCUCAAUACUUUCAUUGGUGGGCUCUGCCUAAUAGCUGUUCCAGUCUGCCCAUCGCUGGCUCUUUGUCACAUCACCUGCUUCGUUCUCGGCUUUACCAUCGGACUUCUUGAAGUUGGUUGCAAUGUGUGGCUAAUCACCGUUUGGAAAGAAAAAUCUGCCGCAAUGUUGCAGUUCUAUCAUUUCAUGUUUGGCGUUGGAGCUAUGCUUUCUCCGUUCGGCGCCGAGCCUUUUCUCAGCAAGAAACGCCCAUUAUCCCCGAUUGCUUCUUCGUCUACCGAAAACGCAACAGAUUCGACGUUCAACCGAACCACUGCGCCUAUCGACUUUCGUCUAGAUUUGGCAGAUUUUAGUCUUGUUGAGGACGCCGCAUCGGAUUCCCGUAUCUUCAUUCCAUUUGCAGCAUUCGGAGCUUUUUAUGCAAUUUGUGCAGUCUUAAUGUUUCUCUCGUAUUUGGUCGACAGCGCUGACAUUCGUCAAAAUGAAAAAAAACAAACAAAGUUGUCGGAUCGUAAGGUCUCACGACGCAUGGAAUUUAUCAUUAUUUUUGGACUGUGCAUUUACGUUCUCUUGGGAGUUGCUAGCGAACAGAACUACGCCUCGAUGAUCUCAGUUUACGUGAUUGGAAGUUUAGACUUCUCGAAAAGCUCAGGCGCGUUUUUGGUAUCGGUAUUCUGGGCAGCAUUCACAUUCAGCCGAAUCGUUGCCACGGGGUUAUCGAUCAAAGUAAACCCGAUGACAAUGUUGUGUGGCAGCCAUAUUAUAGUAAUGUUCGCAGCAGUCACCCUCACCGUCCUUCCUCGAACUGAGUGGAUCCUUUGGUCAAUGACUGCACUUUACGCUUUUGGGUUAUCUCCCUUCUUCGGCAACGUUUGCGCUUGGGCACUUCAGUAUGUAUUUCUCGGUCACAAUUAUAUGGCCGCAAUUAUGAUGUUCGUGUGCAUUGGUGCCAUGAUGCCACCAAUUAUACUUGCGCCUUUCAUCGAGAGCCAUCCCAUUGCUCUGAUGUUCUCGAAUAUUGCGCUUGCGAUCAUAAUGACCGCGACCGCUAUUGGACUGCUAAUGCUUGGCCGCCAUAUUGGUAAACCGCUAGCGAAUAUCAAAGAAUCUCAUCAAGAAUAUGACCCUGUAGAACCUAACGAUACUGACCUAUGAUUCGGAUCUCUAAGUUAAUUCGUUUCAUAUUUGGGAAGAAGAUAGCUAAAAAGAUGGAUAAAAUAAUAUGAGUUUCCUUUUGUGCUAAUAAAUCUGGGGGUAUUCGAUAGCUCGUGUACAUAUCCAGCAACGGAUUUACAAAUCAAAUGUCUGUGGAGAUACUCCAUGUGGCAUAAGUAAGCAAAGCUGUAUAUACAAGAGUCUUAUACAUAUGAUAAUGGGCUUUGAGUAAUAUUUAUAACAUAGGGUGUCUUUUAUAUUGUUUCAUCAAAAUUAGGUGCAAAGAAUUAAGUUGCCUUUAUCGAUGCAAGCUACAUAUAUACGCAUGUAAUAAAUAAUUAUGUUGUACACACAGGAAGCUUGUUUUGUUCUGUGUGACAACUCCAUUGUACUUAGUUUGCAGUUCUUGAACAUAUUAUUAAGCACAUAUAGUUUGAAGCCUCGAAGUUUUAUAUGUUAUAAUCAGAAAAAGACGCUUAUAGGUAAAAUACUGUUACCUUCAACUUCUUGUAAUAUCCGCUUGUUAAUGUAGAUAAGCGACUGGUGUAUAUAGUACUGAACUCCGUCAGGGAAACAUGUAUAUAUGUAUAUAAAACGCUAAACUUUAUAUCAUGAAGGACAAGUACUAGGAACACUUAAAUCGGCUCUCUUCAUUCCCAAACAUCAGUAUCAUACUGCCCUUUGAAAAAAACGGAUUCGACUAUGACUGUACUGCCAAAAACAGCACAUAAUAUAUCCAAUAGGAAUAAAAUUAAUUUUGGUGGCUACUGCUAGAUUUACUGAUUUGACUGGAAGUUCUAGAUGGUAACAGUUUAAGUAUUUAUCAUCUGCACUAUGGCUUUGUUCAAGCCAUAAUAGAUCGACUAUA